UACGGCGCCCUCCUGUUGGUUACAGUUUAAUCGUGGCUGCGGUCUGCGCCUUUUUAUACGCAUACAUUGAAGAAUACGACAUUUACUGCAUCUUCGUGGAUUGUCAAUGGCACUUUUGGUGGCAAUAUAAGGGGGAGAUUGCUGAGGGGAGCCGCUCUCUUAAAAGUGACCCCUAAACAAAGCCCAACAGCACUGUCCAAGUGUCAAUAAAAUUAGUCACUUGGCUGUAGCCAUGCCCUGCAUUCAGGCACAGUAUGGGUCAUCACCGCAAGGAGCGAGUCCCGCUUCUCAGAGCUACCAUGCCCCUGGAGAUUACAGCUGUGAUUUCCUAACUCCUGAGUUUGUUAAGUUUAGCAUGGACCUGACCAACACUGAGAUCGCCGCCACCACCUCUCUCCCCAGUUUCAGCACAUUCAUGGACAGUUACAACAGCAGUUACGACGUCAAGCCUCCUUGCCUGUAUCAAAUGCCCCAUUCCGGAGAGCAGUCCUCCAUCAAGGUGGAGGAUGUCCACGUGCACAGCUACCACCAACAGAGUCAUCUGCCGUCUCAGUCUGAAGAAAUUAUGUCCCAUUCUGGGCCAUUGUACUACAAGUCGUCUUCGCCCAAUACUCCAACAACGCCAAACUUCCAGGUUCAGCCUAGCCACAUAUGGGAUGACUCUGGGUCCCUUCAUAGUUUCCAUCAGAACUAUGUAGCGACCACACACAUCAUAGACCAGCGCAAGAAUCCUGUCUCCAGGCUGUCGUUUUUCUCCUUCAAACAAUCUCCUCCUGGAACCCCAGUGUCCAGUUGCCAGAUGAGAUUUGAUGGACCUCUACAUGUGUCAAUUAACCCAGAUAGCCCGGGAACUCAUCGGGGCCUUGACAGUCAGAGUUUCACUCUGCCCAGUGCUAUCAGAAAGCAGGUGGGAAUAGGCUUUCCUCACUCCCUUCAUCUCGGACACCAGUUGAUGGACAACCAAAUUCCAUCACCUCAGCCGAGAGGAUCACCGUCUAACGAGGGACUGUGUGCUGUUUGCGGGGACAAUGCCGCAUGCCAGCAUUAUGGAGUCCGUACUUGUGAGGGCUGCAAAGGAUUCUUUAAGCGCACUGUUCAGAAAAAUGCCAAAUAUGUGUGUUUGGCUAACAAAAACUGUCCAGUUGAUAAACGGCGCAGAAAUAGAUGCCAAUAUUGUCGUUUCCAAAAGUGCCUUAUUGUUGGGAUGGUGAAAGAAGUCGUUCGGACUGCCAGUUUAAAGGGUCGAAGAGGUCGUCUCCCAUCUAAACCUAAAAUUCCACAAGAGCCCCAACUUUCAUCGCCAGUUAGUCUCAUUGGUGCACUGGUGAGGGCCCAUGUGGAUUCAAACCCAUCUAUGUCCGGGUUGGACUACUCAAAAUUUCAGGCUAACCCUGACUACCAAAUGACUGGAGAUGACACCCAGCACAUCCAACAAUUCUAUGAUCUUCUGACUGGCUCCAUGGAGAUUAUCCGAGGUUGGGCGGAAAAGAUGCCGGGGUUUGCUGAUCUUCCAAAACAUGACCAAGAUCUUCUCUUUGAAUCCGCUUUCCUGGAACUUUUUGUACUCCGGCUGGCAUACCGGUCUAACCCAGCGGAAGGCAAAAUCAUUUUUUGCAACGGAGUGGUUCUGCACAGGCUCCAGUGCGUCCGAGGGUUCGGGGAAUGGAUCGAAUCUAUUGUGGAGUUUUCUUCCAACCUCCAGAGCAUGAAUAUAGACAUUUCAGCGUUUUCGUGCAUAGCUGCCCUUGCCAUGGUAACAGAGCGGCACGGACUAAAGGAGCCCAAGAGGGUAGAGGACCUCCAAAACAAGAUUGUAAAUAGUCUGAAAGACCAAGUGACAUUUAAUGGUGGCUGCUUGGUUCGUCCAAACUACUUAUCAAAACUUUUGGGAAAACUCCCUGAACUUCGCACACUAUGCACACAAGGCCUACAGCGUAUCUUUUACCUAAAGCUUGAAGACCUGGUUCCACCACCAGCAAUAAUUGACAAACUGUUUCUAGACACAUUGCCUUUUUAAAAAAUUGACAUUGUCAUUUCCAAUAGAAAACAAACAACACCCGCAGAUUGUGCUUGUAAAAGCUGGGGCAUUUCUAUUCAGGCGAUUUUAGAGUAGGCCUAUUUCUGAAAUUAUUUCACACGGGGAGAAUAGACUGAAUUAAAAUGAUUGGUAUUGUUUAAUUGUCACUGUUAAUUAUUAGGCCUAUUGCAGAAUGAGCGGCGUUUUGGGGGGACAAAUUGGUAGCCACGGCUUUACUGAACUUUUACUGGGACUGUUUGACAUGGUCAAGCACUUUCCCGCAACUGUAUUUCU